CCUCUCUCUUCGCUGAUCGCUCUGGCUCUCGUCCUUUAUCUCUCCCACUCCGCCGCCGCGUCCCGCUUACGUCCUGCGCUCAUCAGGAUUGCUCUCUCGCCGGCCCGGUCCCGCUGGCCCACGAUGCCAGCCUACCCCCGCCCCACCGUGGCGCUGCAGUAUGCGUUUGAGCGCGUGGAAGACUUCUUCCUGCGCUCCUACCCCGUGCGCGACUUGCCGCUGCACGUCCGGCCCGCGAUGGUCGCGGCCGUCGUGGUAUGGGCGACGCUGCUCGGCGUGCUGGGCUUCGCGCCGCUCCCCGAGAUCCCGCUCAACGACAAGGCGCUACACUUCUUCGGCAUGGGCUUCGCCUCCUUCCUAAUCUACUUCUCGUUCGAGGUGCCAGAAGGGCCGCACCGCCGCGUAUGGUACAUCCGCCGCGCGCCGCUGCUGCUCACCCUCGUCUUCGGCUUCCUCUUCGGCGGCAUCGUGAGCGAGUUCGUCCAGGCUAUGCUGCCCUUCGGCGACAUCGUCGCCAACCUCCUCGGCGCGACUGUGUUCCUAUACAUCGCGCAUCUGUUGCAUGCGCGCGCACGGCGCCGCUCUGAAAUCGCCGACUUGUACCAGCCCCUGCCUUCGCACUCCUUCCGCGAUGCGCAGGGGCGCACGCACGCGUUCGCGCCCGCGGCAGCGGCGGGGGCGGGAGGAGCGGUGGCGGUAGAGCUCGACGAGGCGCAGGGGCAUGAUACGCGCGACGUGCGUGACGACGAGUGGGAUGACGAGCUCGAUAUCGAGCCGCGGGAAAACAGCGUUUUCAAGCUCGACGACGACAUCGUAUAG